UCCAGCGUUUCCAGUGUCCAGACGAAAACUCAAGUGCCCGUACUUCUUGGACUGCGGUACAUGUGAGCAGGCAUUAUAUGCCACAUAUAUUUAUAAAGCAGAGAGAAGGAGCGGUAAAUGACUUUAUGCUACAAUAAGCAUGGAUACUUUGCACUAAUUGAGGACUUGUGUGAUUACAUUCAACGUGAUAUACACACUGGGCAUCUCGCUUCCUCAAUAUAUUGGGAAUUUCUGACUGUCAACUAGACCGUCUAAAUUUUACAGAGCUCCCGUUCACCAUGGACCUGAUCACAGUUCUGCUCUCAUUUGUUGUCAUCUUAUUUUUGGCCAUUGUUUUUAAGAAUCAAGGAAAGUACAAAAAUUUUCCACCUGGACCAAAGCCUUUACCGAUCAUUGGAAAUCUUCUCAUGAUGGACAAGUCAAAACCUCAUGAAAUGUUCAUGAAGCUUUCUACGACGUACGGCCCGGUCUUUAGUGUCCAGGUGGGCAUGACAAAAAUAGUUAUCCUAUGUGGCUAUGAAGCUGUUAAGGAUGCGCUCAUCAAUCACGCCGAUGCAUUUUCUGAUAGACCUUAUGCUCCGGUGAUUGCAAAAUUUGCAAAGAACAAUGGUAUUAUUUUUUCCAAUGGAGAGAACUGGAAAGUGAUGAGAAGAUUCACACUCUCCACACUACGAGAUUAUGGAAUGGGCAAGAAGACCAUAGAAAAUAAGAUUAUUGAAGAGGCCGAGUGUUUAGUACAGAAGUGGAAAUCAUAUGAAGGAAAGCCAUUUGAUAAUCUGACCAGUAUUAAUGCUGCAGUAGCCAACAUAAUUGUGGCCAUACUGCUCAGUCAUAGAUUUGACUAUGAGGAUCCGACCAUACUGAAACUUAUGGUUGGAAUUAAUGAAAAUUUUCGACUCCUCGUAAGCCCAUGGAUCACGCUGUAUAACAGUUUUCCAUUACUGAUGGACUGGCUACCUGGAGUUCACAGAACUAUUUUUGAGAACAUCAAGGAGUUUCAGAAAUUUAUAAGAGCGACCUUUACGAAACAGAAGACAGAACUGGAUGUCAAUGACCAGAGGAACCUUAUUGAUGCUUUCCUAGCCAAGCAACAAGAGGGAAAGCCUGAAUCUACUGAGUAUUUCACAAAUGAAAACUUAACUAUUUUGGUUGAAAACCUUUUCGCAGCUGGAAUGGAGACCACAUCAACCACAUUGAGAUGGGGACUUGUACUCAUGAUGAAAUACCCAGAAAUUCAACAAAAAGUCCAUAAUGAAAUUGAAAGGGUGAUUGGAUCAGCACAACCUCAAAUGGAGCAUAGGAAACAAAUGCCGUAUACAGACGCCGUCAUUCAUGAAAUCCAACGCUUUGGUGAUAUUGUACCGCUUAAUGUCCCACGUGCAACUUCUGAAGAUGUGACAUUCAGAGGGUAUUUUAUACCAAAGGGCACUGCUGUCAUCCCAUUGCUGCAUUCUGUAGUCAGAGAAAAAACUUACUUUGAGAAACCUGAUGAGUUUUAUCCAGAACACUUUCUUGACCCUAAAGGACAUUUCAAAAACAAUGAGGCCUUCAUACCCUUCUCAAUAGGUAAACGUAGCUGUGCAGGAGAAACCUUGGCUAAAAUGGAGCUCUUCCUGUUCUUCACAACACUAUUGCAAAAUUUCACUUUCCAUGCACCGCCUGGAGCCAAACUGGACCUUGAACCUGCACUGGGGAUUACAAGUGCCCCCCAAACCUAUGAGAUCUGUGCCAUAUCUCGUACAUAGACUAUGCUUUCAGCCAACAUUGCCAUGAGAUAUGUUGUAUGUCAUCAUAAUUCUUUGUCUUAUCUACAUUGUCUACAUGUGGCAUGAAUUUAAGUGGAAUCUAUUGCUCUCUGUUAUCAGUCAUUUCUGGCUGGAGAAAGGCUAACUACUAUGUAAUUGGAUUACUAAGAGAUUUGUCAUAAAGCUCUAAAUCUCCUGCCUAGAUAA